GGCCCGCGGCCGCCCCCGCCCCCGCCUCCCGCCCGCCGCCACGUCCGUGCGCCGCUCGGGCUCGUCCCCGGUGCCCGGUCGCCGCCGCCCCCGCAGCGCAGCGCGGCGCGGGCCGCCGGGUUUUUGGGCAGCAGGCGAACGCCGGCGCGAGGCAGCCGUCCGAGGAGGCGCGCGGCAGCGUCCGCAGGAGGCCGGGGGGCGGCCGGGGGCGGCGGGGCGAUGUGGGGCGGCGGCGGCAGCCCCGGCCGGUGCCCGUGACGCCCCGCUGGCCCCCCGCGCGCCCAGCAUGACCAGCCUCUUCCGCCGGAGCAGCGGCGGCUCCCGCGGCGGCGCGGCGGCGUCGGAGCUCAACAACAGCCGGCCGGGGCGGCAGGUCCGGCGCCUGGAGUUCAACCAGGCCAUGGAGGACUUCAGCACCAUGUUCCCCCGCAUGGACUACGACAUCAUCGAGUGCGUGCUGCGCGCCAACCGCGGCGCCGUCGACGCCACCAUCGACCAGCUGCUGCAGAUGAGCCUCGACGGCGGCGAGGGCGGCGGCGGCGGCGGCGACAGCUCCGACUCGGAGGACAGCCUCCCCGCCGAGGUCCUGGAGCGGACGCUGGAGCCCGACAGCUCGGACGAGGAGCCGCCGCCCGUGUACGCGCCGCCGGGCCGCGAGCCCCCGCGCGCGCCGCCCGCCCCGCCGCCCAGGACGGAGGGGCCCGGCGGCGCCCAGCCCCGGGGCCGCUACCGCCACUGGAACCCGCCGCUGCUGGGCGCCCUGCCGGACGACUUCCUCCGCAUCGCCGCCCCGCCGCCCGCCGCCCCCCAGGGCCCCGGCGUGACGCCUCUCUCCGUGCAGGGCCCCGGCGUGACACCUCUCUCCGUGCAGGGCCCCGGCGUGAUGCCCCUCUCCGUGCAGGGCCCCGGCGUGACGCCCCUCUCCGUGCAGGGCCCCGGCGUGACGCCCCUCUCCGUGCAGGGCCCCGGCGUGACGCCUCUUUCCGUGCAGGGCCCCGGCGUGACGCCUCUUUCCGUGCAGGGCCCCGGCGUGACGCCUCUCUCCGUGCAGGGCCCCGGCGUGACGCCUCUCUCCGUGCAGGGCCCCGGCGUGACGCCUCUCUCCGUGCAGGGCUCUGGCAGCGGCAGUGGGCGGCCGGCGGUGCCACAUGGCCUCGGCCCCCGGGGCCCCGGCGCCCUGGAGCAGGAGCGGCGGUGGAAGCAGUACCUGGAGGACGAGCGCAUCGCGCUCUUCCUGCAGAACGAGGAGUUCAUGAAGGAGCUGCAGAGGAACCGCGACUUCCUCCUGGCCCUGGAGAGAGAUCGGUUGAAAUACGAGUCAAAAAAGUCGAAGUCGGCCAGUGCUGCCAUCAGCAACGAUGUUGGUUUCUCCUCCAUAAUAUCAGGCGACGCGGCCCCCGCGGGAAGCAGCGAGGCCGGCAGCGCCGUGUCCGACGAUGCCUUAUUCAGAGACAAGCUGAAGCACAUGGGGAAAUCAACCCGCAAGAAGCUGUUUGAGCUCGCCAGAGCGUUCUCCGAGAAGACGAAGAUGAGGAAGUCGAAAAGAAAACACUUGCUGAAGCACCAGCUGCUGGGGACAGCAGCUUCCACGGCCAAUCUGCUCGACGACGUGGAGGGACACUCGUGCGACGAAGACGUCCACGCGCGGCGGCCGCAGCUCCGGGAAGAGGAGGAGGCACCGAGGGACGGGCAGUAAACGGUGCUGGAGCCGGGGUUUAUUGCUGGAACAGGAUGUGUAAAAGGCUUACCAAGAAGAUGGCUGAAAAAGGAAAAAAAAAAAAACCCGACCACAAGUAACCCAGUUUCGGCUGUUCCCCCUCUGCUGCUGUACUCUGAAGUACAAGGACUGACGUGAGGCACAGCGUUUUCUUACCAGAGGUUUGAAAACGACUUUUCCUGUCUAGCAAAUCAGCCAAAACCCCCCGAACGCAGCAGCUGGUGCGAGCGGCUGCAGCGGAGCUGGCGGACCUCGGGCUGGGGAGGGCGGCCGGUGCCGGCGGCCCCCGACCCGCGCGGCGCUGCAGGAGGGGUGAAGAUCAGUUGUGCUAGCGAGGACGCGUUGGAGCGCGGGAUCCUGCUUCCCGAACAUAUCUCCGUAGCGAUCUAACUUUACUCUGCGCGCAUAGGAAAAAAAACACACACACGGAAAGGAGAACCUAAAAACUGCUGUCUGUUAUUGCUACGAGUAAAGAGCAGAGAUUCAGAGCAGGUAAUAGUCAGAAUAAUAUAAAUCGCUGUUUAUAAAAGGAAAGGCCUUCUUUUCCCAGGCGUUUCACUUUGAAUUAAACCUUUGCCUUUGGCAUUGCUAAAACUGCCUUGAAGUACGGACGCUUGUCCUCCCGGCAGAGGUAAGACGCACGGCGGCCGGGGAGGGAGAGGGUUUGCUCGCUGCCUGCAAAAUCCCUGCCGCAGCGGGAUGUGCCGCGGCGGCCGGGCAUGGGGACAGGUUCAGCGAAGCCCAGCGCGGAGGCGAGCAGGGGUGCUUGAGUCCUGCCGCGGGUUUAGGAGACGCUGUCGGGCUGGAGAGAAUUACGCAAAAAACAUUCCUUCCCGGGAAGCGCUGAGUUAAGCCAGAAGUUGCUCCCAUUUCUCCUCCGUCAUCUGUGUGAUCGUUCGCUGCUUGGUGCGGGAGGUGAGCGCAGAUUUUCCCGUUCGCAUCGGGGCUCGCGGGGUUGGGCGACCAAAGCCCCGCUGCGGUGCUGCCUCCCGGCCGGCCGCUUUUCAGCUCUGCCGAGACUCGGGAUGCCUUUGGAGCAGGCGCCUAGGUUUUUCCCAGAGCAGCCCUGCUGCCUCCGCCCCGGCUGGCUCCGGGUGUCCGAGGGGGCGGGUAGCACUGGUGAAUGCCGAACCUGCCGCGCGCCGGGGCUGCGCGUGCCGGCAUCCCCCCGGCACCCCUGCACGGUCUGGGAUUCCCAGACGCAACCUGCAGACGACCCACCCGUCCCAGCUCAUCCGACUGCGGGGUCGGAUGCUUUUCCAGGGCAGGCGAGAGGAGCCGGGCGCCCCGGCCGCAAGGAGACCCGUGCUAUAACUGUGCUCGUGGUGGCUGCCGGCGGGUGCCGGGUGGGCACCGCGCUCUCCGGAGCCGGGCGCUGCGCGGCGGCAAGGCCAGCAUGCAGGCAGGGCACCGUCUGCGCGUCCGCCCACUCGCCGCGUGCAUGUGCACGUCGCUAAGCGCGAAGCUGGCGCUUUGCCACUGCAAACAGAAGGCCCUUCAGGAGCAGGGAGGGACCUUGUGGUCCCAGCAGAGGAGGGGCUCUGCCUGCCCUGCGCCGGCCCUGGGAUUAAUAAGCAGCUGCCGCUGCUCCCUCCCCACGCGAAGCAGCUUGCUGCUUAUUUGGAAGAAAAUCAAGCGUGCAGUUGGACCAGCUUAUAAAUGCUCCAGCGCUGCUGGGCUCCCGCGGGCUCAGCUCCCGGCUGCGUUUCCACGAGCACAAAAAGCCCCGGCAGGCAGCCGGGCGGGAGCAGGGCUUUUGCUGGCGGGAUGCUCCGCUCGUCCGGCGCAGCAGGGCUUUAGGAGCCGGUGGGGUCCGGGGCAGCCCGAGCGCCGCGGCUGGGGCAGCAGGCAGCAGUCCAGGCCAGUCGUGUUUAAUACAGUGCGGGUGAAUCCGGCUGGGCUCACUGGUUUCACGGCAGCUAGACAGCCUGGUAAAUGCCACUUUAUUUCCUUUUUUAUAAAAAAAAGAAAAAAUCGGGUCUAUUGCGUAGAAAGGCCCCUAAAAAUAAAUUUCUUCUAUAAAAAUGUACAGUUCUCAGUGACAUUUGUAUUGCUUCUUUACAAAAUGGUUUAAAGAGAACAGAACAACAAUGACAAAAAACUUCCGUGACGUUUGUGAGUGUUGCUAUUUUAGAAUUUAUUACCAUAAGUGAUUUUUUUUCUUAAAGAUGUUUAAUAGUAAUUCAUAUAAUAAAGUCUUGUUGUUACUCUUA